AUGUCUCAGCCGCAGGAGUAUUGGUUACCCGGCUACGGGCUCUCCCGCCAUAUCGUCCUCAGUAAAAUGCAAUAUUUCCUCGGGCCAACUGCUUCUGUGAGGCCGUAUAGCUACCAGGGACGGGAAGGCUAUCUUGUCACGGGAGCUCCGCUCACGAGAGGGCAAAUCGACGAUUUGAAAAAGAUGUCUCAAGUCUACGAACAGGAGGCCUCCCUCAGAAUGACGCAGGUCUCCGGACUGACUACCCACGAGAAAUCCGAAUGUAAAGGGACAGAGCCCUACAUUAAUCAGCCAGUAUACGUCGGCCGUCGAGAUAAUCGCGAGCGGGAUCGAGUCCGGGAUAGUAAACCCUAUCCCAUAGAUCGAUACCCGAGAACGAAACGGUCAUGGUGA